AUGGCCGACAGCGGGAGCUCGGACGGCAUCCGGGGGAGCAAUGAUCAGUCCGACCCUAAGGGUGUCUCCGGUGCCCCUCUCGAGAAGGGCGUCUCUAACACCGAACAUGUUGAUCUCAACCGGAACCUCGAAGCCAAGAUCAAGAACCCCUUGGAGGGCAUUCCGCGAGAUGAGCUCAUGAACCGGGUCCAGGUCUUCGCUCAAGAAAAGGGCCUAACCGAGCAUGUUGAUAUCCUACGCAAGGGCGCCCUCGUGGCACAGGACCCCAGCAAUUACGAGAACAUUGACGGCGCCGAGGCUCUGGACGAUGAAGAAAAGGCGGCCCUCGUCAAGGAGGUCGAGCACAAGUGGCGCCUCCCGCCGAAGCUCUUCCUCACCAUCAUCACCUGUUCCAUCGGCGCCGCAGUCCAGGGUUGGGACCAGACCGGCACCAACGGCGCCAACAUCUUCUUUCCGGAAUUCUAUGGCCUCGGCUCCGAUUCCACGCACGACACUAUCUUGGUUGGUCUCCUGAACGCCGGCCCCUACAUCGGUUCCGCCUUCAUCGGCUGCUGGCUCUCCGACCCCGUCAACAACCUCUGGGGACGUCGCGGUGUCAUCUUCUUCUCGGCUCACUUCUGCAUCUGGCCUGUCAUCGGUUCCGCAUUCUGCCAGACCUGGCCACAGCAGCUGGCCUGUCGGCUUCUCAUGGGCAUAGGGAUGGGUAUCAAGGCGUCGACCGUGCCCAUCUACGCCGCCGAGAACUCGCCCGCAGCUAUCCGCGGUGCCCUCGUCAUGUCUUGGCAAAUGUGGACCGCCUUCGGUAUCUUCCUCGGAACCGCCUUUAACCUCGCCGUCUGGAACGCGGGACACAAUCUCAACUGGAGGCUGAUGCUAGGCGCCCCUUUUAUCCCCGCCGUCCCGCUGCUCAUCCUCAUCUACAUGUGCCCGGAGUCCCCCCGUUGGUACAUGAAGAAGGACCGGUACGCCGAAGCCUGGGUAUCCAUGGCCAAGCUCCGCAACCACCCGCUCCAAGUCGCGCGCGACAUCUUCUACAUCCACUCCCAGCUCGAGCUCGAGAUCCAGCUCCUCCGCAACAGCAGCUACCACCAGCGCUUCGUAGAGCUCUUCACCAUCCCGCGCGUGCGGCGCGCCACCCUAGCCGCCUUCACCGUCAUGAUCGCGCAGCAGAUGUGCGGCAUCAACAUCAUCGCCUUCUACUCGACCACCGUGUUCCGCGAGAACGGCUCGAGCGAGUUCGAGGCCCUGCUCGCCUCCUUCGGCUUCGGCCUCAUCAACUGGCUCUUCUCCUUCCCGGCCUUCUGGACCAUCGACACCUUCGGCCGCCGCUCCCUGCUGCUCUUCACCUUCCCCCAGAUGGUCUGGACCCUGCUCGCGGCCGGCCUGUGCACCCUCAUGGAGGCCGGCACCGCGCGCACGGCGCUGGUCGCGCUUUUCGUCUACCUGUUUGCUGUGUUCUACUCCCCCGGCGAGGGGCCCGUGCCGUUUACGUACAGCGCCGAGGUGUUUCCGCUGUCGCACCGCGAGAUCGGGAUGGGGUUUGCGGUCGCGACGUGUCUGUUCUGGGCGGCUGUGCUGGGCAUGACGUUUCCCUUCCUGCUCAAGGAGGCCAGUGUGGUGGGCGCGUUUGGCGUGUAUGCUGGGUUUAACCUGGUCGCGCUGGUCAUGAUCUUCUUUUGGGUGCCCGAGACCAAGCAGCGCACGCUCGAGGAGCUGGAUUAUGUCUUUGCUGUGCCGACUGGUCGGUUUGGGGCUUAUCAGCUGACUGAGGCGCUGCCGUGGUUUGUGAAGCGCUGGGUGUUUUGGCAGCGCAAGGCGGAGCUGCGCCCGCUGUACCAGUUUGAUGAGCAGAAGAAGAAGGCGGCGGUUAAGGGGGAGGAGAAGGUUGUUGUUGAUGCGGUCGAGGCGGACGCUUCGGACAAGAAGGAGGGGCUGUGA